ACUGAAAGUGCUAUUUUAAAAAAAGACGAAGACAAAUUGACUCCAUAAGAAACGGAUCCUUAAGAUUUGAGCAAGAUGAGGAGACUUUUCGCAUGCUUGAUCGUCCUAUGUGUUCUCAGCAACGUGAAGAGUUACGAUUUAUAUGAAAAGCUAAUUGCAUCGGUGAGAAGUCUGCAACAGGUAAGAUUUAACUCGGAUGCUUAAUAAUUAGGUCUUAUCCUCCACAACUAAGACUUGUCAUCGUGGGGUAGCACAUAGUUACCAAUAUUUUGCUUUUUUAACGUUGUUUUGCCAGGGUUUUAAAAAUUAAGCCAAUUUUUCGUCUCGUGCAGAAAAAACUGUCUGUUUCUCCUAGCGCUUUAGAACGCUUUUCAAAGGUGUGGCGUAUUCCAGUGAAAGCUGUUUAGCAUGGUAGCCGUUGAACUUCAGUUGCGGUGUCUUUUUUCAGUUCAUUUUUUCCAAACAAAUUUAUAGUUUUCUCCUUCCCGUUCUUCUCACAUUUCGAUCACAAUCGAAAGUUCACGACAGCGUCUGAUCUUCGCCAGAUAAAUAUAUUUUGAGCUGAAGAAUUUGAGAGAAUCUGAAUAGGGCGCAACUCCCGGAACUGUUGGCAUAAGGAAGCCUAAAGGGAUAACGCAGUAGGUUGAGCAUUCGCCUCUGCCCACCAACGUGGCCCUGGUUCAAAUCCCGAUGUCGACGCCAUAUGCGGGUUGAGUUUGCUGUUGGUUCUCUCCCUUGCUCCUAGAGGUUUCCGCUUCAGUUAGGCUCUGGUUUUCCCCUCUCCUUUAAAACCAGCACCUCCCAAUUCGAGCUCUUAGUGCUCCGUUGGUAAACAAAUUACAAUACAAAUACAAAACAAUACGUGCACAUCGCCGACGGGGUAAAAAGAACGUCCAGGAAACUCCCACAGAAUGGGACCGGUAUAAGCUCCUAGCGUGAAUCUGUAGAUGAGCAUAAGAGGUUUGUUUAGUAGAAAUAUAUUUAAGUCCUUUUGCUGUCUUCCUUCAUAACUAAACUUAAAAAAUAUAAGAAAAUUUAUGAUCUGGGACAAACGUCUUCGAUCGCUUCAUUAGUAUCAUGCUACGCUUAAGCCUUAUGAAAAUCAUGGAUUCUUGAAAUAUUGACAGGGGAAGUUUGGUCUAUUAUUUGGUCAGUCUGGCGUGCGUAAAAAAUUAAAAAGAACUUUUCAUUGUUUGUCUGAUAAGUCUAGAUGGUUUUAUAGGUGGCAAAUUCGGGAAAGUGCAAUUUUUCUAAAAAAAAAAACCAGGAGCCUAUCACCUGAAAAACUCAUGUGUCGAUCAUCCCACGAUAACAUAAAGAACCAACAUUACAACAAAAUUCAAACCAUCCAAAGCAGUGAUUAGUUAUUAACCAUAAGGCAACCAAAUGGUACGUCGUUACAUUCCACUUUAACAUCAUGUUCAUGUGGAGCACACGUGAAAAGAUCGAACUUUCACCUCACAAGGGGGAAUUUUAAUUUUGAAAAAAAUCGAUGGACGAAAAGAUACAUUGAUUGCUUGGUAGUAGUACGGAACGAACCUCAGAAGAGCGUAUAGCGGGAACAAAAAAAAUGCAAAAAACAACAAUAUAAAAAAACGCAAAAAAGUGUUUUCCUCGCUGUAAGGAUCAGUUUAUCAUUUUCUUUUCUUACUGCGGAUCCUUGUCUACAUAUGAGCCGGAACUCCUUACUGCUUUGGGGCUGCGGAGUUUGUUAUCGUAAUAAUGGCAUUUUUGUGAGGCGAUUUUACUGUAAAAUGGCCGGUAUAUCAAAAAAAAAAAAAGCUGCCACGAUAAUUUUUUUUUUGCAAAAGUUACAUAGCACUUGCAAAUCAUUAUCGCUAAGGUGACUAUCUACUUCAAUUGUUUCACUUACAGAAAACCUCUCUCCCUGGAUCAGUAGCGUAAACUCAGUUGGGGGAAAGGUUGCCUUCAGGUCCCAGUUGUUCAAUGCACAGGGUGACUAAUCUCUAGCCAGUGGAUAGCGCAAGUGCGUUUCCUAUUUAUCAUCUGCUGAAUAGUGAUUAUCCUGCAAGCAAGCCUGUGUAUCCGGGGCGCUACUGCCUCGUAGCGCUAUUUUAAACCUUUGAAUCUCUAAGAGUGAUCAGCAUCAAAUUUCUCCUUGUAAUAUCAAUGCUUUGUAAAACAGAGUUGUCAUGAGAAUUACGGACAUGAUCACACAAGGUGAAUUUGCUUGAUAUUUUAUCAAUUUCUCCCCACUAUUUCUGUAGGAAAUGAAAAGGGGCAACAAAUGAGAACUGAAAUUAGUCUGAUCUUAGGGUUUAAAGGGUUAAACGUUUGAAGAACCGGGUCCAGAUGUUCAGACUGCCUCUUGCAUGUUUUUUAGGCAUAUGCAAAUGAACCCAAAGAAGUUCAAGAAAGGAUGCUCAGUUUGUAUCUUAACACAUAUACAAGGCACUUACCUUCGUCAGCACAGCUAUUUAACGUAUAUGAAGACAUCUCAUCAGAUGGAACUUUGGGUGCAGGUCGUUCUGUACUGAGGAAAUCCAACCCGUGGGAGAACAUCAGACGUCGUUAUGUAGCGAACUCAAACGACGACAAACGUUUUAAAGCCUUAAUGAAACAACUUGAAGCGCGAGAGUCAAAGAUGCCAGAGAACAAGUUUCGUUCGGAAAUUGAGGGUUUGAAGUAAGCUAGAAAACUAACAAAAUGAGAAUUACCUUGACGCAAAAGAAUCAGAACAUUUAGCAUGUAUAGACUACCUAAUUUGUAUAGUCUCCGAGAUGGAUGGACUCAAUAGAUUACUGAUGAUGAUUGUAAUUCAAAAUAGGUGAGUCAGCAGAGUCUAAAUUGUUCAGUAAAAUUGUAAUUUUAGGUAGAUAACAAACUAUAACAUUUGUCGCGGUGGGAGAACAACCGGCCCCGAGGAGUACUCCCUUAUAUAAGCUAUAUAGGUAUGUGUUAAGAAGAUGACUGACGACUAUGAUUUCCCAGGCUUUAAUUAUAAUUUACUGAAUAAAUGUAAAAUUAAGCAAUAUGUAGAUCUUAUGCAAAAGAAAUAUAUCACUUACUGGAAUCAUACCCUUCAACAUUCACAAAAACUUAACUUUUAUUAUAAAAUCAAAACGAAUUAUAACCCUUCUGUCUACCUAGAUUUAACAAGAAAGAACCCUUCUAGGAAAACAUUAGUGAAACUGAGAAUAAGCAGUCACAAACUUAGGAUUGAGACAGGUAGAU